UUGUAAGUGUUUGUGCAUGUUGUUUCAUAUAUUCAAAUACGUUUAAAAAAUAUAACCUAAGAACUGUGUAAAUUUAUUUAAAUAAAAUUUUACGAUUAGUUUUUUAAAUAUGAGUGUCAGUACAUAUUCAAGUGUAUCAUAUGGUAAACAAAUGUUGAAACUCAAGUAUUUUUCGACAUUUUGAUAAAUGCAUUGUGGAAGGUGACGGGUGUUGUUUUGGUUGCUCGAUGUUUCUUCACAAAUAAACACGAUGUCUUUACUGCGAUCAUUACCCACGAGACUUAGCAACACUUCGAAAUUAAUAUCCCGGAGUGUUCCAGCUGUAUUUUAUCAUCCAAAUGUAAUAGAUCAUUAUGAGAAUCCAAGGAAUGUAGGAUCUUUAGAUAAAGAUGAUAAUCAAGUAGGUACAGGCAUUGUAGGUGCUCCUGCCUGUGGUGAUGUAAUGAAGCUUCAGAUUAAAGUUGACGAGAAAGGAAAGAUCAUAGAUGCAAAAUUCAAAACUUUUGGAUGUGGUUCUGCUAUUGCUUCUAGCUCGUUAGCUACAGAAUGGGUUAAAGGAAAGACUGUAGAUGAAGCUUUGGCAUUAAAAAAUACUGACAUUGCUAAAGAAUUGUGCUUACCACCUGUCAAGCUGCACUGUUCGAUGCUUGCAGAAGAUGCUAUUAAGGCUGCUUUGUCAGAUUACAAUAUAAAACAAAAGCAAAAGUCAAAAGAAAAGAAAGAUAGCUCUCCAAAUAAAGCAUGAUUCUGAUCUUCUAAGCAACUGUGAAGAGUAGUGCUAAUUAUUAAUAGCCACUAAAUACUUCAUAUUUAAAAGUUUCACAAACUAUGAACUGUGAUUAUAUUGGAAACAUUGUACCUUAAAAUAUAUUUAGAGCUUUAUGUAGACAUACUUUGCUAUGUCAUAUUUUCUUUUAUGGCAGAAAUAAAUAUAUUUAACUAA